AUGCUGAUGAUUAUGAUUCUAAAGAAGGGUCAUGACUUGAAGAACAGCGACGACACGGUGGUUGAUCAACAUCGCAACAAAACGAAGCUGCUGGUCAAGGAGUCGAUUCUCAUCGAAGCCAGCAAAGGUAGAGCUUAUAAUGACUAUGUCGGCUGCAUUGAAUUUCCGCAUCCGUGGAGCAUGAUUAAAUACUUAACGACCGAUCGGUCAAGCACCAACUGA